AUGGUGUUUGCCGAUGAUGCCACACCAAUCCCCGAGUCCAAACCAGGAGUUGCACAGUGGUUCAAGACCCACGUCGCUCCUUUGCCUCAACGUAAAGGCUUAGACCCAGCUCUAGUAGCUGCUGAGGCCGCGCCACGUAUCAUCACCGUGAAUCCAAAGGGAGGUGAAUUCAAAACACUAACGGACGCAAUAAAGAGCGUUCCUGCAGGUAACACAAAGCGUGUCAUCAUCAAGAUGGCUCCUGGUGAGUACAGAGAGAAAGUCACUAUCGAUAGAAACAAACCUUUCAUUACUUUGUUGGGACAACCCGGUGUCAAUAUGCCGGUUAUCACCUACGACGGUACCGCGGCCAAGUAUGGAACCGUAGAUAGUGCCUCACUCAUUAUUUUAUCCGACUAUUUCAUGGCCGUCAACAUAAUUGUUAAGAAUACCGCGCCCGCGCCUGAUGGUAAAACAAAGGGAGCACAAGCUUUAUCCAUGAGAAUCUCUGGAAACUUUGCGGCUUUCUACAACUGUAAAUUCUACGGUUUCCAAGACACAAUCUGUGAUGAUACCGGAAACCAUUUCUUCAAGGAUUGUUACGUCGAAGGAACAUUCGAUUUCAUCUUCGGAAGUGGAACCUCUAUGUACUUGGGAACACAAUUGCACGUGGUGGGAGAUGGUAUUAGAGUGAUUACAGCCCAUGCCGGAAAGAGCGCCGAAGAGAAGAGUGGAUACUCAUUCGUGCACUGCAAGGUGACUGGAACCGGUGAAGGAAUCUAUUUAGGUAGGGCAUGGAUGAGCCACCCUAAGGUUGUCUACGCCUACACCGAGAUGACCAGCGUCGUAAACCCAGCAGGAUGGCAAGAAAACAAACAGGCCGCACAUGACAAGACUGUGUUCUAUGGAGAGUACAAGUGUUCAGGACCAGGAUCACACACGGCCAAGAGAGUUCCAUUCACACAAGACAUUGACGCAAAUGAAGCUAACCGUUUCCUUUCCCUCGGUUACAUCCAAGGCUCCAAGUGGCUUCUCCCUCCACCAGCUUUGUAA